AUGCCUCUGCACCGUCGCAACAGCGACACAACGUCCAUUAGCGAGGCGAUCCAUACCGAGUCCUGCAACAUGUCCUGUGCCGCGAGAGGAGAAGAAGCACAAUACGACAUAUAUCCGAAGGGGAGCUUGUCUGGGGCAGAACAAGAAGAGGUGGAGAGAAUGCUCCGAGCACAGUCUCAAGAAGUGUCUGAGAAGCGACACCCGAUCUCCGGCAUCCUCUCGUGGACGACUCGCCUGAGGAGAGACUCGGCCAAUGUCCUGCGAAAGAGUCCAGAGUUCAACAGACACCAACCCACCGCACGUUUUAUGCAACCAGAGCCUCACGCGUUCUUCGAAACCACGCGCACAGAAAACACCGCCCAGCACACCCAGCAAGCCUCUUCCCAGCAUGGAGUUCGGCAACACAACAGCGCAGUCAAUCUGCUGCCACCAGACAAUGUUGGCGCAGAGACGGCAAGCGCAGCUGAGCAACAGCUCUUGACCCAUGCUUUGGCGCGCUUGGCUCCCGCAGACUUAUUCUCGGUCUCGCUCGUUUCGAAGCGCUUUCACGACCUGGUUACUGGCCCGCACGCAUGGCGAACCGCAUUUGCACACUUCUUUCCUGGCCCGCACUCGAUUGAUGCACAUCUGCGUGACGAUGAUAGCGAAGCACAGGUCAUCAUCCGCUCGGAACGCCGUGCUUUCACGCGUCUGACGGCUCUGGCUUCCUGGCGCAGCGAAUACAUCAUGCGAACAAGGCUUCUGCGAUCUCUAUCCCGCGGCAAGCCUGUCCAGGCUAUAGCAGCAUCCCAUUCAUCUCGCGGAAGCACCGUUGCACCCAUUAUAAUGUACAAUUCACAGCAAUUCACCACCAUCAACCAUCUUCAUGGAAAUUUUGCGACAGGUCCGGGAAACCGCACUCCACGUUUCAUACACGGUGCCGAUCAUUCAGGAACUUGCACCACCAGCGACCCAACAGCUGUCAAGGUGGAUAGCUGGGGACUUUCUGAUCCUCAAUUUUUCCUGCAAUUCACUGAUCGCUUCCCCGGCGAUGCGCAGUAUGGUCUUGGUCCUGGUGAAGUGGUUGGCGUUCCCAACACCAUGGACGUCAGUCUGCCGUUUGGUAUGGUUGUAGGUGAAGGUUCUCCGGGAGGCAUGACAUAUUAUCGUUCGACGGAAGAAAUGCGAGGCCGGUUUCUUGCCUUCUCAUCAGCCAUGUCAGUGCCCGACCUUGGUAUUCCACGGAUCGCCUCGAGCCUUGAAGCUAUCACUUCUGUCUGGAUCGCAAAAUCCUCUGCCGUUCCUACGCUCUCUGACGGUAUCAUUGGCAUUCUUGCCGGCUCUUCUUUAGGAUUGAUUACCGCCUACAGCCUCGGAUCCACGAGCGGCAACAGCAACAAGAACCGCGAUCAACGUUUCGGACGUGGAGAGUUGACUGCUCGAUGGGUGUUGAGCCCUGGCGUACCUAUCAUCGGCAUUACCGUCGACAACGAGUACAAUCCUGCACGUCACGCGCAGAAUCGUAUCUGGGCUGUGGCGCUGAACGCCCUGGGCGAAGUAUUCUACCUCACGAAAUUUCCGAAGCGGCCGCACGUCGAAAGAGGCACACGGCUUGACGACGAGUCGCUCGAGCGGACAGCAUGGCUCACCGGUCGCACUGUGUACUGGAAUUCCGUCGAGCCAAGCCGACGAGUGGCCAAGUUCGAUCCGUAUGCUGAUGCCAGCGUCGACGGCAGCUAUUCGCCACGCACGUCUUGGAAUGGAUUGUGCCUUAGCAAGCUGCAAAUAGAAGCGGAAACCCGCGAGAUCGAAGCAUUCGCGGCGCGGAAGCCACAUGAAUUCCAACGCCUCUGCAUGGGCUGGGACAUGCGUCGCAGGCUUGAAGUCGACUUUGCUGGCGAUGAUGGAAACCAUGCAGGUGAGAAUGUGGUCGUCUUCGAGUGCGGUCAAAGUGAGGACACGAAUGCGAGCGUCAAGCGGUUCAGCCGGUGCAGAUUCCAGGAGUUCGUCUCGCGCGACGUGACUUCCACGCCACCUUUGACUAGUGCCAGCACAGAGGCUUCGGGCUCGCCGUCAGUCUUUGGUGGUGCGCCAUCUCCCACUCUUUCACCGUCACAGACCUUUCCGUUCGAUCGUCUCGAGGAUUCUCUCGGUCACGACGACUUCGCCGGCUCAGUUACACCACGGCCAAUGACUGAGGAAUGGCGGACAUCAUCAUUCUCCCUACAUGGCCUCAAACACGUGCAAAUUCUGGCUACUGCCAUCGAUUUAUCGACCUUUGCUACUCAGACCACGUCGGAGGAUCCUCUGCUUGGCUUCUCGGGCAAGUCCACAGCUUCGUCUCCAUCCCUGACUCCAAUGUCUGCUACCGAGGUUGUUGCCACUUCUGCAGACGUUCCUGGCCAGCGGGCUCGACUUUUUGCUGCUGGCACAAAACUUGGCACGGUACUGGUUUGGGAUGUACGCGCACCUGUCUCGCGCUCUGUUGACGCUGUGAACACUAUCGAGCCAGUGCGCAUCAUCCAUACCGAUUCUCCUGAGAUCUCGAGUCUCGCUUUGUCGGCACUCUACCUAGUCCAUGGUGGUAAUGAUGGUCUUGUGCAGGCUUGGGAUCCCCUUGCUUCUAACACACAGCCAAUUCGCACAUUGAACUCGCGCUUCUCAUCGCGUGCUCGUCAACGACUCCGGCAAGCACAGGCAUCUCCUCAAGGCGUGGGUAUCAACAUGUUCGCUGCUGGAGCGAUAUGUCUAGACCCAGACCCGACUGUGCUGCGAGGCAUGGUCUCGCUUGGAGCACAGCUCCGCUACUGGUCUUAUAGCUCAACCGCUGCCGAUCAAUAUAGGUCAAGCAAGCGCCGACUGCGUCGGUUCGAACGCGGCAGUAACAAUGGCGGCGAACGUUUUUCUGGCGCAGUACGCAGCAAUUUGAAAGGCUACAUCGAGAGUGAACAGUACGAGCUAGCACGAGAGAAGGAACAGCGCAAGAAAGACAAUCAGCGACUUGCAGGUCGUUUCGGCACAGAUUUGAUGGACGGCAGCGAGGAGGAGAUGAUUGCGUACGCUGCAAUGCUCAGUCAAGAGAGUUAUGAGCAAGAUACCAAGCGGCGAUCAUCUGACAACAGCACUGCUAAUAGCACGGCUGCUAGCAGCACUGAUCACAGCAUGUGGUCCACAGUUGAGCCGACGCCAGCACAAAGCCCGUCACCGCACAUGUCGUCCCCCAAGACCGACGAGGAGCUUGACGCAGACAUUGCAGAAGCGAUUCGGCAGAGUCUGGGCACUUCACCUGGCGCUGGCUACGACAUUCCGAUUCGGCAUGCGAAGCCUAAGGGCAGGAAGCCUGGCUCGACCAAGGCGUCUCCGAAGCCGUCACCCCAGCUGGCAGGAUCGAGUCAUGCGGCUGAGAUGAACGAUCUGGACUUUGCUAUCCAAUUGAGUCUGGCUGAGGAGCAGAGUAGGGCUGCGGAUACUGACGCAUUUCCUAGUCUGCCCGGGGGACAUGGCGGGAAAGGAGGAUUAGAUCGUGUCCAAACAUUGGAUAUGUGUUGUGGAAGUGAGGCACGCGACCUCCGUCCCUCGCGGAUGUUCGCGCCAAGGCUCACGCAAAUGCGGCUCCGCCCGAUGACGACGUUUCGAGCUUCGAAGGAGAGAAAGAACACAACAAAACCCUCCGACACGCCUGCAUCGCCACCACACGCCUCCAAUCCCGCGAAACAUCCACUGCAAAAUCACAGUUCACUUCUGCCUGACCUCGAAAGCUAUCGCUCAACAUCUAACACCGCACUGAUCGCGCCGGACGACGGCUGACUUGGUCUCCACCACGAAACAGAGCUAAUCUCCUGGCCUCAAAGCCACCGCCCGACCAUAGCGCCAGCGUGACCGCAUUGCCAUCAUAAGACCCCCGAGCUCGCCGACAUCAUGGAGGCUGCCGCAUUGAGGCAGCAGCCCACGAUGGACACCAACAUGGAGGAUGCAGGCAAAGUCGAGCACAGCCUAGGCGCCCCUGUCGACCCACCGUCAAUACCGUGUCUCGAUGGCUGGAUUGAGUCUCUCAUGCAAUGCAAACAGCUCGCCGAGGACGACGUACGGAGACUGUGCGAAAAGGCGCGCGAAGUGCUGCAAGACGAAAGCAAUGUCCAGCCUGUGAAAUGUCCUGUCACCGUCUGUGGUGACAUUCACGGCCAGUUCCACGACCUCAUGGAGCUGUUCAAGAUUGGAGGGCCCAACCCAGACACAAACUACCUGUUCAUGGGCGAUUACGUCGAUCGUGGAUACUUCUCCGUCGAGACCGUGACUCUCCUCGUCGCGCUCAAGAUCCGCUACCCACAACGCAUCACCAUCCUGCGCGGCAACCACGAGAGUCGACAAAUUACGCAAGUGUACGGCUUCUACGACGAGUGUCUGCGCAAGUACGGCAACGCAAAUGUGUGGAAGUUCUUCACCGACCUUUUCGACUACCUGCCACUCACAGCCUUGAUCGACAACCAGAUCUUCUGUCUGCACGGAGGUCUGUCCCCCAGCAUCGACACGCUCGACAACAUCCGCGCUCUCGACCGCAUUCAAGAAGUGCCACACGAGGGACCAAUGUGCGAUCUCUUGUGGUCUGACCCAGACGACAGAUGUGGAUGGGGAAUCAGUCCGAGAGGAGCAGGAUACACGUUUGGACAGGACAUCAGCGAGGCAUUUAAUCAUAACAACGGCUUGACGCUGGUUGCUAGGGCUCAUCAGCUGGUCAUGGAGGGCUACAACUGGAGUCAGGAUAGGAAUGUGGUUACGAUAUUCUCAGCACCUAAUUACUGCUACCGCUGCGGUAACCAAGCAGCUAUCAUGGAGAUUGACGAGCAUCUCAAGUACACCUUGUAAGUCUUGCUGACACCGCCUAAUUCUAGCGCCCGCUAACGUUUACCUCUUUUCCCCAGCCUUCAAUUCGAUCCUUGCCCACGCGCC